CGGUCUUUGCUGGCGGCGCCUCCUCCUCCUCCUCCUGCCCGCCGCCUUCCUCAAUGGAGGAGCCCCAUCGGGGGGCCCAGAGCCCCGGCAGUGGCAGCAACAGCAGCGGCGCCGAGGGGAGCAGCAGCGGGGAGAGCGGGAGCAGCAGUAGCGGCAGCCAGGGCGGAGGCGGCGAGCCUGAGGCGCCUUCCAGCCCGGGCCCCGGAGAGAGGCAGGCCGCUGACGGGCACGAAGGGAGGCCCGCCAAGGCGGCCAGGAGCGCCGGGGGACUAGCAGCACCAGCCUACGCGAUGAUGGAAGAUUGUUUAUUGAAGAAAAUAGAAAUCAGCGUUGCAGAAGCUGAAAAACGGACAGGACGGAAUGCCAUGAACAUGCAGGAAACUUACACUGCUUAUUUGGUGGAAACAAGGGCCGUGGAUUCACAGGGCGAAGGACAGUGUUCCCCCCCAGACUCUCUUUGGAGGCGAUAUAGUGAAUUUGAGUUGCUGAGAAAUUAUUUGCUUGUAAACUACCCACAUCUUAUUGUGCCACCUUUGCCAGAAAAAAGGGCAGAAUUUGUUUGGCAUAAGUUAUCAGCUGAUAACAUGGAUCCAGAUUUUGUGGAAAGGAGAAGAAUUGGCUUGGAAAAUUUUCUCCUACGUGUAGCAUCACAUCCUGUUCUUUGCCGGGAGAAGAUUUUUAAUGCAUUUCUAACCCAGGAAGGUGGAUGGAAGGAGAUGGUGAAUGAAACCGGAUUUCAGAUGAAGGUAGAUUCUAGAUUAAAAGCUCUUAAUGCAACUUUCAGAGUGAAAAACCCAGACAAGAGAUUUACAGAGCUUAAACACUACAGUGAUGAGUUGCAGGCUGUCAUAUCACACCUUCUAAGAGUCAGAGCUAGGGUGGCAGAUCGACUUUAUGGGGUUUACAAAGUCCAUGGGAAUUAUGGGAGAGUUUUCAGUGAAUGGAGUGCAAUAGAGAAGGAAAUGGGGGAUGGACUACAGAGUGCUGGUCAUCACAUGGAUGUAUAUGCAGCGUCUAUUGAUGACAUACUAGAAGAGGAAGAGCAUUAUGCUGACCAGCUGAAAGAAUAUCUCUUCUAUGCAGAAGCACUUCGGACAGUUUGCAAGAAGCAUGAACUUCUGCAGUAUGAGUUGGAAACAGCUGCUCAAGAUUUGACAUCGAAGAAACAGCAGUGUGAGGAAUUGGCAACAGGAACUGUGAAGACAUUUUCCUUGAAGGGAAUGACCAGUAAGUUGUUUGGCCAGGAAACUCCUGAACAGAGAGAAGCAAAGAUAAAGGUGCUAGAAGAGCAAAUACAUGAAGGAGAGGAGCAGCUUAAAGCAAAGAACCUGGAGAGCCGAGACUUUAUGAAAAGUGCCUGGGCUGAUAUUGAACGCUUCAAAGAGCAGAAGAACCAUGACUUGAAAGAGGCCCUGAUCAGUUAUGCUGUGAUGCAGAUCAGUAUGUGCAAAAAGGGAAUUCAAGUUUGGACGAAUGCAAAGGAAUGUUUUAGCAAGAUGUGAUACAUGGAACUCCUCGGCCCUUCUUGGCAAAAUGCCGGCGCACAGAAGCACAAAUGCAUGAACGCGGCUUAUGCGUUGCUACAUGACUAAAUCAUGGAAUCAGUGUAGUUGUGAAAGUAGGGCACAAAGAAUUGGUCUCUGUUCUUCAAUGGCCACUUUGUGGCUUGUUUUGCAUGCAGUAGCAAAUUGAACAUUGUAGUUCUCUCUUGGAGGAAGGCUAUAAGGAGGAUCCCAAGUUGGCUCGGACAUACUCUCGAAACUGUUCACCGUACUAGGCUCUCGAACCACUGGUCUUUGCACUAUGGACAUCAUUUCCAGGUGCCCCUUCAUACAUUGCUCUUUCACAUUUAUAACUUUGUCACGCGGACUAUUGGGGGAGGGGCUCUUUUAAUUUUCUAUAUAUUUUGCCACAAAAUUAUGUUUUGCAUUUCAGCCAAAUCCAUAAUCACUUGUUUUGUUUAUCUCUGAGAAAAAAUUGUUUUCCCCUGAAUGAACUUUAUCUUUAUAACAUGCAUUAUUGAAUGUUAUGUAAUAUACAAUAUAAUUAUUCUGUGAUCAAAAAUUUAAACUGAUAGGAAUCCAUUCUAAAAGUUUUUUACUUACCAGUAGAGGACUGUAUAAUUAGCAAGUAAAUAAAACAGUUACUG